GUUCCUGCUUCUCGUCUCAUCUUCUGACAGAUUUUAUUGUUUAAAAACUCUUCUGACGUAUUUCUGGAGAUUCCGAUAAAAAAGCAUUUGUUAUUGUUUUUGAUUCCGAGACGGUUUGAGUGACGGUUUAAGGGAUCUCACCAUGAGCCCAGCCGGGACGUUGUCGCUGCUCCCCUCCCUUCAUCUGCUUUUCCUUUUGUCCAUCAUCUCAACUGAGCUUCCAUAUUCCGCGGCGGGAGGCUCUGCUCCGGCGCUCACGUCCAACAGCACGUUCAGAAACCACUCCAAAUGCGGAGGAGAAAACGCCGGCUGCGUUGACGGUGUCGUCCUGCCGGUAUGGGAGCCGGAAAACCCGCCCUUCCCAGAUCGCAUCGCCAGAGCCAUUAUUUACUUCGUGGGGUUGGCCUACAUGUUCCUGGGCGUCUCCAUUAUCGCCGACCGCUUCAUGUCGUCCAUCGAGGUCAUCACUUCCCAGGAGAGACAGAUCACCGUCACGAAACCCAACGGGGAGAAGGUCACCACGACGGUUCGAAUCUGGAACGAGACGGUGUCCAACCUGACCCUGAUGGCGCUGGGUUCCUCUGCGCCAGAAAUCCUGCUGUCCGUCGUGGAGGUCUGCGGCCACGGCUUCGAAGCCGGCGAGCUCGGCCCGAACACCAUCGUGGGAAGCGCCGCCUUCAACAUGUUUGUCAUCAUCGGGCUUUGUGUUUCGGUCAUUCCCGACGGAGAGACCAGGAAGGUGAAGCACCUGAGGGUUUUCUUCGUCACCGCCACGUGGAGCGUGUUCGCGUACACGUGGCUGUAUCUGAUCCUCGCUGUGAUUUCUCCCGGCGUUGUUGAGAUAUGGGAGGGCCUACUCACGCUCUUCUUCUUCCCCAUUUGUGUCGGAUUAGCUUACGUGGCCGAUCGCAGACUUCUCUUCUACAAGUACAUGUACAAACGGUACCGAGCGGGGAAGCAGAAGGGGAUGAUUAUUGAAACGGAGGGAGAUCGGGAGCUUCCCUCGAAAGUUGACGUCGAAAUGGACGGGAGAAUUCUCAACUCCCACGGAGAAGAGGAGCCGGACGAAGAGGAGGCUCGCAGAGAAGUCGCCCGGAUCCUGAAGGAUCUGAAACAGAAACAUCCCGAGAAAGAGAUGGAGCAGUUGAUGGAGCUCGCCAACUACCAAGUUUUAAACCAGCAACAGAAAAGUCGGGCUUUUUACCGCUGUCAGGCGACAAGGAUCAUGACGGGAGCGGGAAAUGUUUUAAAGAAGCACGCCUCCGACCAAGCCAAGAAAGCCACGCAGCACGAUAUCUGCACCGAGGUUUCGGUCAACGACUUUUCCUCCAAGGUGUUCUUCGACCCCGGUAGCUACCAGUGUCUGGAGAACUGCGGCAGCGUGGCGCUGAACGUGGUGCGCCGUGGCGGAGACCUGACGAACUCCGUCUCGGUGGAUUACCGGACCGAAGACGGCACCGCAAACGCCGGAUCGGAUUACCGCUUUACCGAAGGAACGGUCGUCUUCAAGCCAGGCGAGACGGAAAAGGAAAUCCGCAUCGACAUCAUCGACGAUGACAUCUUUGAGGAGGACGAGCACUUCCUGGUUCACCUCAGCAACGUGCACGUUGUGUCGGAGGGCGCCGUCUCCGGCGAGCGAGAGGCCAACCACGUGGACGCCCUGGCGGGUUUAGGGCUGCCGUGCACGGCCACCGUCACCAUCUUCGAUGACGACCACGCGGGGAUCUUUACGUUCGAGGAUCCGGUGGUGACGGUGAGCGAGAGCAUCGGGGUGAUGGAGGUGAAGGUAAUCCGGACGGCGGGAGCUCGCGGUGUCGUGGCGGUGCCGUACAAAACCACUGAGGGGACGGCGAAAGGAGGCGGCGAAGACUUUGAGGACACAUACGGAGUCCUGGAGUUUGACAACGAUGACAUCUCCAAAACUAUUCACAUCAACAUAAUAGACGAUGAAGAAUAUGAGAAAAACAAGAACUUCUUCCUAGAGAUGGGAGAGCCUCGGCUGCUGGAGAUGAGUGAGAGGAAAGCUGUGUUGCUUCAGGAAGUCGGUGGAUUUGUGAAAACAGGCAGAGACGUCUACAGGAAGGUCCAGGGACGAGACCACCCUGCCCCCUCCGCCAUCAUCAACAUCACAGAAGAGGAGAGUGAGGCAGUUUUGUCGAAGAAGGAGGAAGAGGAGAGGCGGAUCGCAGAGAUGGGCAGACCGAUGUUGGGCGAGCACGUCAAACUGGAGGUCGUCAUAGAGGAGUCGUAUGAGUUCAAGAGCACCGUGGAUAAACUCCUGAAGAAGACCAACCUGGCCCUGGUGAUCGGGACAAACAGCUGGAGGGAGCAGUUCAUGGAAGCCAUCACGGUCAGCUCCGGUGACGAUGAUGAUGAUGAAUGUGGCGAAGAGAAGCUGCCAUCCUGUUUUGAUUACGUCAUGCACUUCCUGACCGUCUUCUGGAAGCUUCUGUUUGCCUUCGUUCCUCCCACCGACUACUGGAACGGCUGGGCCUGCUUCUUCGUCUCCAUCUCCGUCAUCGGCAUGCUGACGGCGGUCAUCGGUGACCUGGCGUCACAUUUCGGCUGCACCGUGGGCCUCAAAGAUUCCGUCACCGCUGUAGUGUUCGUAGCUUUGGGCACAUCUGUACCAGACACCUUUGCCAGUAAGGUGGCAGCCAUCCAGGACCAAUACGCCGAUGCCUCCAUCGGGAACGUGACGGGCAGUAACGCUGUUAACGUCUUCCUGGGCAUCGGCGUGGCCUGGUCCAUUGCCGCCAUCUACCACUACUUCAAGGGCGACGAAUUCAGGGUGGACCCGGGCACGCUGGCCUUCUCCGUUACACUCUUCACCAUCUUUGCCUUCAUCUGCAUCGGCGUCCUCAUCUACCGCCGCCGGCCUGAGAUUGGUGGGGAACUGGGCGGACCCAGGGUCCCCAAAAUCCUCACCACCUGCCUGUUCUUCAGCCUCUGGUUAAUGUACAUUGUUUUCUCCUCGUUGGAGGCAUACUGUCACGUAAAGGGUUUCUAAAAGUUCUGCUUCUGACGUGUCCGGAAAGGUUCAACAGUUUCUUGAUGAGCAGUUCUGAUGGGUUUCUAAAAAGGUACCAAUACGGGUUCCUAUAAUAUUAUUUGUCUAAAGGUUUUAACAGGUGUCUGAAAUGUUGGAUGAACGCAGGGUGCGAUUUG